AUGUCUCAACAACAGGGACAGGGACAGGGACAGGGUAACAACAAUGGUAUCCUCGGUGGCCUAGGGGACACCGUCGGCAAGACAGUUGGAGGCGUCACCAACACAGUCGGCGGCGCAGUUAGUGGGCUGGGCAACACCGUCGGAGGCGUGACCGAAGGACUCGGGUCGACAGUAUCAGGUGCCAGCGAGGGUCUUGGAAACACCACGAAGGGCGCCGGCGACAGCGUCCAGGGUGGAUUCCAGAGCAUUGGGGGGAAAAAGCAGGAUGCAGAGAACCCUCUUGGCCUCAACCGUUGA